CGGCACCCGGAAGUCGGCGGCUGCGGCGGCGACCCCGUGACACGUGUGGCCACGCCCCCACAGGGACUUAUGUGCAUCAUCUUCUUUAAGUUCGACCCUCGCCCUGUUUCCAAAAAUGCGUACAGGCUCAUCCUGGCCGCCAACCGGGACGAGUUCUACCACCGGCCGUCCAGGGCCGCGGACUUCUGGGGGGACAACAACGAGGUCCUCAGCGGGCUGGACCUGGAGGAGGGCAAGGAGGGCGGCACGUGGCUGGGCGUCAGCACGCGGGGCAAGCUGGCGGCGCUCACCAACUACCUGCAGCCACGGCUGGACCCGGACGCCCGGGGCCGAGGUGAACUCGUGACCCAGUUUCUAACCUCGGACAUGGACAGCUUGUCCUACCUGAAGAAGGUCUCCGCAGAGGGCCACCUGUACAACGGCUUCAACCUCCUAGCGGCCGACCUGAGCACGGAGAAGGGAGACGUCAUUUGCUACUAUGGAAACCGGGGGGCACGUGAACCUGUCGUCCUGGCUCCAGGGACCUACGGGCUGAGCAACGCGCUGCUGGAGACGCCCUGGAGAAAGCUGUGCUUUGGGAAGCAGCUCUUCCUGGAGGCCGUGGAGCGGGGCCUGGCGCUCCCCAGGGAUGCCCUGGUUGCCCAGCUCCUGGACGUGCUCAACAACGAGGAGGCGCAGCUUCCGGACCCGGCCAUCGAGGACCAGGGCAGGGAGUUGGUGCAGCCCAUACUCAGCAAGUACGCGGCUGUGUGCGUGCGCUGCCCAGGCUACGGCACCAGAACCAACACGGUCAUCCUCGUGGACGCAGAAGGGCACGUGACCUUCACAGAGCGCAGCAUGCUGGGCACAGACCCCUCCCGCUGGGAGACCAGCACCCACGCGUUCAGGCUGCAGAGCUAACCCGCACCCGGGUGUGGCCGGGGCUCCCUGGAGGCCCUGCCGCAGGUACUGCCCGUGACCGGCCAGCACCCGCCAGGGCGAGAACCCUCUGAUGUGUGUGCACUGUCUGCGGCCCCGUGUCUAGCGCAGGGUCCAGCCUGUACCAGUGGAAAUGACAGAGGCCCGUGGCCAGGUGUGCGGCGGGCCCAGGUGUGCCGUGCUUCCCCGCCCGUGCGCAGAGGCACACGCACCACACACACGCACGCGCACACUACAGGCAGUAGACGUGUGCACACGUGCUCAGACACGCAGACGCUCAGGCAUGCACACCCACGCGAGCCAGACACACAGAGGUGUGGCUCUCACCCCCACACGUGCUUCUGCCCAGUGAGUCUUGCGGUGGUUCAGACAUGAGUGCACGUCUGUUUCAAAGCGGCCCCUCCUCUCCUGGGCGCAGCCAGUUCCUGACCAUCAUCCCUGCUCUUAGAGAGGAGACUGGCCACGUCUGGAAGGAGGAAAGCCUUCUCCAUCGCAGAGGCACAGCCUGCUGGGUGGGUCCAGUGGUUCUGCAGGCGCUGGGGGGGGGGGUCCCGUGCGUGGGGCCCCCUCAGCAGGCUCUCAGGUCUCCGCCUGCCCAGGGGGGUUCACGGGUUCCGGGCAGGCCCAUCUCAGGGUGGGGACACAGCUGCCCCUGCCAUUUCCCUUCUCCCAGGGAGUUAAACUCCACAGGACUCUGUGCUUGAAUGUGAGACGCUGAUAAUAAAACUCUGAGGCCAUGGUGA